ACUUUUAUAAACAUUUAUAAAGAGAGCUUUUAACAAUUAGGCCAAAAGAACCAACUAUAGCCAUGGUUGAAGAAGACUCUUCUGCAUCCCAGUCUUUCCUAAAGAGACACUGGGAAGGAUACAAGGAGUUUUGGGGUGAGAGAUUUUCAUUCUUGGACAACUAUUCAAGGUUCAUCAACCGCGAUAAGCCACUACCUUCUUGGUCUGAAGCUGAUGUCCAGGAGUUCAUUGCUUUUGACUCACUCCAUGGACCAACUCUGAAGACUGCUAGGGCAGCAGCAAAGUUUGGUGCUGUAGGAGGCCUAAUUGGAGCUGUUUCAACUGCAGGAGUUACUUGGAAGUACUCAAGGAGUCUGCAUGGUACUGCGUUGUCCCUUGGAGCUGGAGCUGUCUUUGGCUGGACAUUUGGACAGGAAGUUGCUAACCAUUGGCUGCAGCUAUACAGGAUGGAUACCAUGGCUUCACAGGUCAAGUUCAUGGAAUGGUGGCAGAACAAAGUUGAAGGAUGAUCUUAAUUUUCGCGAGAUUGAAGAAACAAAUGUCCGCCUUUGCUCUUAGCGCCAAACAAACGUUUGGUUAUUGACAAUAAACAUCUGUGGCACUGUUCAAAUUUUAUCCGGCGACUUGAAUUUUUUGUGCUCUAAGUAGUUUUUGACUAUGAGAUUUGGAUGUUUGUUUGCCUACAAAUGGAUAUUAUGAAACUAUGUAGAUUUUUUCAGUACUA